CUUUUAUUCUUCUCGAUUGCAUUUACCAAGUCACACCAUGCAACAUGUUGCACUGUUGUAUGGUUCGCAGACGGGCACUGCGCAGGAAGUCGCAGAGCGCAUCGCACGCGACGCACGACGCCAACGCCUGUUCACCAACGCGACGACGACGCUGACGCUCGCAUCGAUGGACGAGUACGACUUCAUCCACAGGCUGCCUGAAGCGUCCUGCGCCGUGUUUGUCUGCGCGACCACUGGCCAAGGGACCAACCCGGACUCGAUGCGGCGGUUUUGGCGCUUCCUGUGCCGCAGAGCCCUGCCCGCCGACUGCCUUGCGCGAUUGCGGUUUGCCGUGCUUGGACUGGGCGACUCGUCCUAUGUCAAGUUCAACUUUGCAGCGAAAAAGCUGCAUCGCCGGCUUGUCCAACUUGGCGCGCAACCGCUGCUCGAUGUCGCGCUCGCCGAUGACCAGGACGCGUACGGUGUCGACUCAACCCUCGAGCAGUGGCUGACGUCCCUGUGGCCGCUGAUUGAAAAGAUUGCACCCAAGCCGCCGAACGUGGAUGUCGUUCCGCCGUUUGUCCUGCCUCCAAGCAGAGCUGCGACCAUCUUUUUGAAUCGCGAAACGCGGCAGCUCGAUCCGUCCCUGAAUUCGCCGUCUGCACCAGCCCUGCUUCAUCUGCAACAGCAACGGUCGUACUAUGAAACAGCCUCGGAUGAAGCGAUUUUGCGGCUGGCAGAGAAUGCGUUGCAGACGACAGAUCGCGCCAGCGAACGAGCGACAGGCGGCAUUUCCGUGACCGUCCGCGAGAAUGCUCGAUUGACUGCGGCGGGGCAUUUUCAAGAUGUUCGCAGCAUUGUAUUUGACACCCAAGAGCAAAGCACGUUGCCAGACUACACUCCUGGAGACGUGCUUUAUUUACAACCACACAACACACCUGAGAAUGCCGAGCUGGUGGCAGACAUGAUGGGAUGGUCGCUCGAUGACACGUUUGUCGCAGUUCCAUCGGGCAUGGACCACGGAUCACCCUUUAUCAGCAAUCUUCCCAGGCCGUGCUCUGUUCGAGACUUGCUGACAAAGUAUCUCGACAUUGCAAGCGUCCCAAGGCGGUACUUUUUCGAAGUUUUAUCUUAUUUUGCCAUGGAUAUCCGAGAGCGCGACAAAUUGCGAGAGUUUGCCUCAAUGGAAGGCCAGGAGGAGCGGUAUUCGUACUGCAACCGCGUUCGACGAACCAGUGUCGAAACUCUGCGAGACUUUCCUUCAGUGCACCGUCAAGUUCCGUUUGCGUACCUCUUUGAAUUGUUCGCCCCAAUUCGACCUCGAGCCUUUUCACUUUCUUCGUCCCAAGCAGCUCACGCACGUUCACUCCACAUUUGCAUGGCUGUCGUCAACUACAAGACCAAGCUUUCCGAGCCAAGGCGCGGCCUAUGCUCGAACUGGGCAGCCGAACUACCACCACAGACCACGCUCUUGCUCUCACUAGGCCGUGGCACCAUGACGUUGCCUGAAGACCCGCGCACGCCGAUCGUGAUGAUCGGUCCUGGAACAGGCGUGGCUCCCUUCCGGUCAUUCGUGACGCACCGUGUCUCCACCAACGCCCCUGGACGCAACCUGCUCUUUUUCGGCUCGAGGAACGCGGCCGGCGACUUUCUUUACCGCGACGAGUGGCAGAGCCUGGUGGCAGCUGGCAAAAUCGAGCUCUUUACCGCCUUCUCACGCGACCAGGACGCCAAGUACUACGUCCAACACCGAAUGCUGGAGGAGGAUGCGAGCGCAGCCAUCUGGAGCGCUCUGAGCGACGGCGGUGUGAUUUACAUUUCCGGAUCGGCGCAACAAAUGCCGCAAGAUGUCCGAGCGGCGUUGCAACAAAUCGUCGUUGCCCAAACAGGCCAAAGCGAGGCCGAUGCCGAGGCGUAUCUUGCGCAAUUGGAGCGCGUCAAUCGUUUGCAAGUGGAGACCUGGUCCUGAGUGGUGGGAAGCAGCGGUCGGAUUUAUUAUUUUUAAUACACUUUCCCUCCCUCCAUCUCCC